UAUAUGCCGAUCGCCUAUAAAAACUCGCUUACCGCGCGUAGGCUCGUCCGCUUCGAGCACCAAAACCCUAGACAACUAGCAGCGAAAAAGCCGUCCCCUAUCUAAGGUUAGGGUUUCGUGAGGAGCAAGCGUUCGGCGGCGAUGACUUUCAAGCGUAGGAAUGGAGGCCGCAACAAGCAUGGCCGCGGCCAUGUCAACUUCAUCCGCUGCUCGAACUGCGGCAAAUGCUGCCCCAAGGAUAAGGCUAUCAAGAGGUUUCUUGUGAGGAAUAUUGUGGAGCAGGCUGCAGUGAGAGACGUGCAAGAGGCUUGUGUUUAUGAUGGAUACACUCUUCCGAAGCUUUAUGCUAAGAUGCAGUACUGCGUCUCCUGUGCCAUCCAUUCUCAUGUAGUCAGAGUUCGCUCUCGCGAGGCCAGGAGGAACCGCGAGCCUCCGCAGCGCUUCAGACGCAGGGAUGAUAUGGCGAGGCCUGGGCAAGGCCCACGUCCUGCUGGAGCUGCUAAUUUGGGACGCCCAUGAUGCUUCUAAGUGCAUGGCUAUCCCAAGAGUGUUUCUCUUUAGUCGAUUCCUGCGGGCAAUCCUGAACUGUCUUCUUGACUAGCAAGUUAAUAAAAAAUUUUGAACUUAAUGUAAAGAAGUUAGUUCAAUUUUGAUGUUUAUGUGAUUCAGUUUUUUUUUUGAUUGUACCUGAUCAGAUGUUUCUUCCUUAUUUGUGGCUUAUUUCGAUUCUUGAUCUUUAAAGACUUGAGCCACAUCCAUUUCUCAUUAAUAACAGUAGGACCGGAUCUGCCUGAA